AUGACGCAAACCACCAACGGCUAUCACCCAACCCCACUUCAACCGGGCGUGUGGACUCCGCUCGCCACGCCCUUUGACGCCAACGAAGAGAUCGACUAUGCCUCGUGGAAGACACACGUCCUGCGCAUCGCUUCGGCAGGCUCCGGCCUUGUCGUCAUGGGCACCAAUGGCGAGGCGAUCCAUCUCAACACCUCGGAGCGUUUCGAGCUCGUCUCCACCGCUCGCCAGUAUCUCUCCGAAGCGGGACUUUCCGCGACCCAGAUCAUCGCAGGAACUGGUGUGGGCUCUGUGAAAGAGACGGUUGCCAACUGUGUGGAUGCUGCGCGUGCCGGUGCGGAUGCGGCGAUCGUCAUCCUGCCCGGCUACUUUGCGGGAGGGUUGGGCAAAGACCGCGCGGCCAUCAAGCAGUUUUUCACCACCGUCGCGGACAAGUCGCCAAUCCCCGUGAUGGUGUACAACUUCCCCGCGUGCGUCGGCGGGAUCGAUCUCGACUCGGACCUGCUCAUCGACAUCUCGCAACACCCCAACAUCUGCGGCGCAAAGCUCACCUGCGCCAACAUCGGCAAGGGCGGUCGUGUGGCCAAGGCUAUCCAGCGCCCCGGUUUCCAUAUCUGGUCCGGGUUUGCAGACAUCAUCGUCUCCGCCACCAUGUCCGGUUUCAACGGUGUCAUCGCCGGCUCGGGAAACAUCCUACCCAGAACGCUCGUGGCGCUUUACAAGUUGACCACAGAGGCGGUGCUCGAAAAGGAUUUCGACAAGUUGCAGAGCGCCCAGAAGCUCCAAGAGGUCGUCAGCCACGCAGACUGGGUGUUGUUCAAGGCGGGAAUCCCGGGGACAAAGUGCGCGCUCGAUAGGUGGUACUACCCGUACGGCGUGUGCAGGAUGCCGCUCCAGCCGGCGACAAAGGAGGUGCAGGCGAUGCUCGAGAACGAGCUGCAGGAGGCGCUCAAGCUCGAAAGACAGUUCGAGGAGCAGGCUGGCGUUACCACUGCCAAGGCUUAG